CGUAGCAGAGGAAAGCACUGAUUGGCUAAGGCAAAAAAGGAGCCCUGGCUUGGGCGGUUUCGGCUUUCGCUGCGAGCGUCCGCGGAGGCCGGCUUCGGGGGCCGCCUGGAGUAGGGUUCUGGGUCCAGGCCGCUAGAUGAGAAACCUGGGGCCGUGAGAGGUGAAAGGAUGAGUUACUCAAGUCACCCAACUAAUUAAGUAACAGAGCUGGAAUUAGAACUCAGGUUUCCUGCCUCCCAAGAUUGUUAAAAUGAGUCUGCGGAAGCAAACUCCUAGUGACUUCUUAAAGCAAAUCAUCGGAAGGCCAGUUGUGGUCAAAUUAAAUUCUGGAGUGGAUUAUCGAGGGGUCCUGGCUUGCCUGGAUGGCUAUAUGAAUAUAGCCCUGGAGCAGACAGAAGAGUAUGUAAACGGACAACUCAAGAAUAAGUAUGGGGAUGCGUUUAUCCGAGGAAACAAUGUAUUGUACAUAAGUACACAGAAGAGAAGGAUGUGAAGACACAAGGAAGCAGUUCUUUUCACACUUGGAGUAUAUUUUUAUGAAAUAUUUUCUAUUUUUUGGUUCAUUUGUGAUGUAAUAUAAGUUUGUGAUAUCUUGCCUUCACAGUAGUUGCCUUCUCAGUAGUUCACUGACAUGUAAGUAAAGUGAAUGUGUAAAAUUAUGGAUUGAAUUAUAAAAAGUUUUUUACAUUUAA